AAUUCCUCCUGCCUGGCAUCAGGUUCCCGGGGGAGAGGGCGGAGCGGGACACAGACACUGUAACAUAAGUAACUAAGAAGGUCCCAUGGCAGACAGGCGGACUAGAGGCAUGACCGGGACGGAACCGAGCAGGACCACGGCGGCCAGGGCUGCUGCCAUAGCCGAGCAGCUACAUCACGAAUGCGCCCUCCUGUUGGAACUGUUUAGAAAGAAGGAGAGCCUUUCUCCAGAUCUCACGGUGGCUGAUGGUCGUCUGGUAACCGUCCCACCUCCCUCAUCCCAGCUGGACACCAGGGACAAGCUCUGGCGUCUCCACUCCGCCCUGCUGCAGUGCCGUAGCCUUCUGGAGAGAGCCAUCACCAAAGAGGAAGAGGAGCUGGGAGGUGCAGAGAAGGGUGACUAUCAGAGCCAGAGGAAGACAGUGAGGGACAGACUGUCCCUGCUCUUAGCCAACACUGGAGAACUCCUCAAAGCCACAGACGGGACUGCGGUCCUAACUCCCAGCUUAGAGGGAUUAGAGAUAGAUGGCCCGACCAUUCUGUUUGAGGUCAAGCUGUGGAUAUACCGAAUCUUCAAAGAGCUGGACUACUGGACCAAGACAGCAAUCACCACCUUGCAGGGCCUGCCCUCAGUCACAGCCAAGGAGCGAGGGAGGACCACGGCAGUCAGGAGGAGAAGAAGCACUCGCAGAUGAGAUGGAGAAGUGAGAAGUGCAUGUGUGGGUGAGGAGGAAUAAUGGCAGAGAAAAUAGGUUAGAAGGGGGGAAAGAGGUGCAAGGGACCCAAGGGUUGAGGAGGAUGCGAGUGGAGCGAGGUGUUAGGCAGGGGUCAGAGCGAGAAAGUGACCGAUGUGAAGAGAAGGAGAAAAAAAAGAGUGAUAAUAGCCCACCAAGAGAGAAAGAUCCCAAUUGACAGGGGGAGAUGAGUAGGUGGGAUUAUUUUUGCCUGGUAGGGCAUGAAGUCUCAUAAAUGAAUGGAGGCUUUUGACAGAAGGGGAGAGACAUAAUAACCAUAGUUAUCCUAGCAAAUGACAGUGUUGGUUGGAACAAAUAUAUUUUCAGUCUGAGGCAUAGAUUUACUUGUUGCUAACGGCUGCAGUGGACACUCAGAUCUACUUUAUAUUCUACUUAUACUAGAACUUGAUUUCUAAACAUGUAUUUGGAUCCAGAAUUAGUUUGCUAUGACAGUCUGAAGCUUCUGGAUUCACAGUAUUUUCAGAAAUGUUUGUUUGUCCUUUUCUUCCUUUCUUUCUUGCUUCCUUUCUGAGUUUUAAGGAAAAAGCAAAAUAACUCAUGGGUAUGUACAUUGGAUUGUGUGAGAACUUCUAAAGCUGUGUUGGAGCCACUUUUUUUUUCCACCUGCUAACAUCACAUUUGUGAUUUUACUGUUUGUGCAGGCAUCACUCCUCAGCCCCAUUUGAAGUUAUUAUUCUAGAUAUACUGCCAGGAUCCACUGUAACUGACAAAGGGAGCAGUCAGCAGGGGAGACAUUCUGGUGAAAAUUAGAGCAUUUGAAUUCGUGCCACUUCCAGUCUGAUCUGAUGUAUGUACUGGCUCCGAAUACCAUGGCUGUUCAUCAUUCCACAGAGAUUUCCCUCCCCGUGUCCAUUCAGUCUAUAUAUAAAACAAUCUAUGUAACAGCACCCUCUAGUGUUGACAAUAUGCCAUUGCCUGUCUAGAUUUAUUUUCCUUCCUUCCUUCCGUCCGUCCUUCCUUCCUUCCUCAGUUUUGUAGUGUAACACUAGCAAUCCAAGAUAAGCCCUUUUUCUGUUUGUUUAUUAUUUUUUUUCAGUGGAAAUGUUCAGAGCAGUACAGUUCACGCAAAGUCAGUCCAAAGAGGCAAUGUAUAGCCCGUGUUCUCAUAGUUUUGCAAUAUAUUUGGGCACUUUAUUAUGAAUGAGAGCAUAGUGAACAAGAGGAAAUUAUUGUGGUGCAACCACAAUAAAAAAGAAUGCACAAAUCUGAACCUGUUAGUGUUUGGAUGUGAUGUCAGGCCUCUGAAAGUAAUAAUUAUCUGUCUAUCAAGUGAAACAUCCAUCUAGUGUGCAAUUAAGAUUAACAUUACAAUUUACAAGAUAACUGUCAGUAUAUCUAUAGCAGAAAUCUAAAUAUCCAAAAACACAGAGAUACAUCUAAAAUGCUCAGCAAUAUGCAUGUCUGUCAGUCCACCUGAGCCUGUUGUGUUUUAAAUGGCCAUCGAAUAAGAGUAAUGUUUCAGUAGAGGAAUACAAGAAAUUAAAUAAUAUUGGAAUGCUUCUCUGAUUAAGUGAGCAAAAAACAAAUGCUGUCUCUGUUUUUAGGAUGCGAUGUUCAGAUUUAGUUAAUUCUUGCCCUGUUACAUCUAACAGUGUAUUUGUAAGAUGACAAAAUGUUGGAAGAAAUAGAAAAAAGCAAAUUAAAUACAUGCUAUUUGAUCGUUUUUUCAUGUCACCAUGAUUAAUUUCCAGGUGACUUUUGAUCUGCAUAAGUUGCGUACUGCAUCAUUUAUAUAAUUCAUCCUUAAUGUCUAACACUGCUUUGGAUUGGAAUAAUUCUUAUGUGAUUCAGUGAAAAUUCAACGUUGCAAGUGUUGUAUUUGGAGUAGUUUACCGUAAAAGGAAUGGGAAGCAUUGUCGUAAACAGUGUCCUCUUUCAUCUCUGUUUGUUGUCUACUCUGAUGCUCAGCUGUCUGCUGUACUUUGACAGAGGACAUGUUUUCUUUAUUUAUUCCUUUCCAAGAGAUUUCACCCGGUCAGUUCUCUGUUUUGAGGAAGUUGAUUACAGAGGCCACAGACCAUAGGGGUCAAACAUGUGGAUUGAACAGCAGUUUUAUGGGCCAACUGGAUAUUUAGAGGUUCCAAAGGCUUUAUAUUAUAGCUUGCAGUUUUUCUGUUUGUGCCACACAUAACACACACACACACACACACACACACACAC